AGGUCACGGGGCGCGUGGGGCGGGCCUGGAGGGGGCGGGUAUUCUGGGCAAGGCCCGGGCCUGCCCCGCCCCGUCCCCGCCGCCCGAGGUCGGCCCCUCCUUCCGCGCGACACACCUCCAGUCUCUCAGGUUGGGGGCGUUUGGAUUCUGAGGAAGUCGCGGGACCCCGUCCGCAUCCUCCGCGCUGCGAGUUAAGUGUUUCGGACAACUCAAGCAAAGUAUCCCGAGAUAAAAUCUUUGAUGAAACCUGAUUCCAACUUGAUAUGGAUUGUAAUUUUGAUGGUUCUCAGUCAGUUAAUUGCAUUUUAUUUAGUAAAGGACUUGGACUGGAAAUGGGUCAUAUUUUGGGCAUAUGCCUUUGGAAGCUGCAUUAAUCAUUCCAUGACUCUGGCUAUUCAUGAAGUGUCCCACAAUAGUGCCUUUGGCCACUGCAAACCUAUGUGGAAUCGUUGGUUUGGAGUAUUUGCUAAUCUCCCUAUUGGUGUUCCGUAUUCCGUUUCCUUUAAGAGGUAUCACAUGGAUCAUCAUCGAUACCUCGGAAGUGAUGGCAUCGACGUGGAUAUUCCAACUGAUUUCGAAGGCUGGUUCUUCUGCACCACUUUCAGAAAGUUUAUGUGGGUUAUUCUUCAGCCGCUCUUUUAUGCCUUUCGACCUCUGUUCAUCAACCCCAAGCCAAUUUCCUAUCUGGAGAUUAUCAAUACUGUGAUCCAGGUCACUUUUGACGUUGUGAUUUACUACGUCUUGGGAAUGAAAUCUUUAGUCUACAUGCUGUCAGCAUCCUUACUUGGUCUAGGUUUGCACCCAAUUUCUGGACAUUUUAUAGCUGAACAUUACAUGUUCUUAAAAGGGCAUGAAACUUACUCGUAUUACGGGCCUCUGAACUUACUCACCUUCAACGUGGGCUACCACAACGAGCACCAUGACUUCCCCAACAUUCCCGGGAAAAACCUUCCCCUGGUGAGGAAAAUAGCAGCGGAGUACUAUGACAACCUCCCCCACUAUAAUUCCUGGAUAAAAGUACUGUAUGAUUUUGUGACGGAUGAUACAAUAAGUCCUUAUUCGAGAAUGAAGAGGCAUCAGAAAGGCAAGGUGUUUCUGGAGUAAGCAUCAUUGUAGCCAAAGGACCUCCUCCCUGACACUUCACAAUAGCUGAUGAAGUGGAAUCUUCCCAUGAUUAAAUUAAGACCAGUGAUGUAUAGACGAGCCCCUCGUACAAUGUUAAGUGUGAUCUCCACAGUAUCAAGAAGCUAAUCUGACUUUCGGCAGCCAGCCUGGCUGCACCAUUUCAGCUUUACUCACAGGAACCUUGUUGGUUCUGUCACCACUGUGGUGGGUUUUCUCACUGAUUUCUGACGUUUUGUAAGCAUAUCAUAAAAAGGAGCUUUUAAAAAGCUAUUUCUAGUUCAUUAUUUUCACUCUAAGGAUUUACUUUAUUAAAAUGGCUAAUAAACUGAGAUAUUAAUCACAA